AUGGACCUUUUGGCCCAAGGGAUCCAACAGCUACAGCAACUGCACUUGAAGAAGGAAGGGCAUGACCCCGAGUUGCUGAAGGGUUCCUUGGAUUUACCGAAGCUACCCGAGCCCUACCAGGACAACAGUGCGGUGGCGUUCCUGGAGUGGGUGUACGAGGUGGGCCAGCUCAUCGGCUCGAUCACGGACAAGGCAGCGGUGUGGUGGGCGGCCAAUCUCGAGCUAGCCAUGACAGCCUACCACAAGUUCCAGGCGGAAACACCUUUGAAGAGGUUGACGGUCCAAGUUGGUGAAGAUCCGGACGUAGAUGGAGAAAAGUGGUCUCGGCUUGAGAAGCGGGUGAUGGCGCUUCUCCUGGCUUCGAUGACGUCGACUAUCAAGGCCGAGAUCACAAUGCUGAGGAUCAACCGUGUUAAGGACUGCCUCUUCAAGCUUUACACAACGUUUUCUCCAGGGGGCGCGAGAGAGAGGGCGAGCCUGAUCAAACAGCUCGAGUACAUCCAGCCCCAGACCAAUGUGGUCGACAUGAUCUCUGCCCUGAGACGAUGGAAGAAGCAUGUGGGCCGAGCUUCCGAGAUGGGAGUUUCCUUGCCCGACGGCUCCGUGCUGUUGGUUGCUUUGGAGGGAGCUACGAGACACAUCACUGAGAACAACAAGGACGUAGCCUUCAAGCUGAACAUGGCCAAGCAGGAGCUCAGACUUCCAUACCAGCCGACCUUGAGUGCUGUGAUGACGUUUGCAGACCAUGUGGUUGCCGAGCUCCAGCAAGUGAUCCCUAUCAACUCCAAGGACUCCCAAGCCAAGCUCAAGGGUGCCAAUGUGGAUCCAGGAUCCCCGGCGUCUUCCUCGACCUCGCCUUCUGGGAAGGGACAAGGGCAGAAGCAGCCUUGUAAGUUUUGGUUGACACCGGACGGUUGCAGAAGGGGAUCGGCUUGCAAGUACGGCCAUGUGUUUGCGACUAAGGAGGAGAAGAAGGCACGCUGCUGGACAUGCGGGGCGACAACCCACAGACAAGCUGACUGCCCUACAAAGUCUGGCUCCGCUACCAAAGGGAAGGGUGGUCCCAAGGGAUCAACUGAGAAGAGGUCGCAAGGGGAACCGACUACGCCCACUGUGGCCCAGGCGAACGUGAUGAACAACCCUGAACCCUCUACGGCUACCAUGAACACAGCCUCGACCUCUGCAGCGUCCACGUUGGAGCAUCCGCUUACCACAGGUACUACAACCUCUUCCAGCGAACCUUCAUCGGCGGCCUCAACGAUCCUCUUUGCGGAUGCGCAGCAGGCUCAGAAUGCGGGUGAAAUCAGAGAGCUGGCAGAGCAGUUCCUGGCUAAGAUCAAGCGCUUGGCACCGAUGCAGGCGAAGACGGAUGAUGCAGUGAUGGACCUGGAGCUGCUACUGAGGUCGCAGGGCCUGAAUGAAAGCCACGGAAUGGCGCUACUGGAUAGCGGCGCUUCACAUGCCUACCGGGCUCCCCGUUCCAGGGAGGAGGCGUCAACGGCUCGCCGGGUCAGGGUGCAGCUGGCCGAUGGGAAGACAGUCUACCUCCGCCAGAACAAAGGGGGCACUCUCCUCUCGGAAGAGGAACAGGGAGGAGGAAUUAUCCUGCCACUCGGGAGCCUCGUCAGCUCUCUUGGCUGCGAGCUUAAGUGGAGCAGAAAAAGGGGGCUCCAGGUGCGACACCCGGUCCACGGGAUCUUGCCCACGAAGCUCGUGGGGGAUACGCCGGUGCUACGUGAAGCUGAAGCACUUCAACUUAUUGCGGAUUUGGAACAAGUGGAACUGGGAAGGCUUGAGAAGCAAACGGAAGAGGGAGUGCUGAAGAUGAUCGCGUCGGAAGAGGAGACGGUCACCACGUGGAUGGAUCACGCUGAAGCAUUUGUAGAGACCGGUGAACGGGCAACCUUGAGGCGGAUGUUGUUGGACCCCGAAGCUCCUCUACAAGCUCCCUUGGAAGAAGACAUUGCAGCUCUUCUGGGCGUGGACGACAAGCUUUUCCUCUCUGAUGAGGCAGGUGCUCACUACUUGAAGGCACUCCCCUGGAACCGGACCAUGAGAAAGAGGCUUCUCAGGACGAGGUGGAUCGUUCACUUGUACAAUGGAGAUGAGCAGGGCGCCGAGUUUUCCCACGCAGAGUCUGAUGAUGUCACUGUGGUUCGAAUGGACAUCCGGAACAACAAGGCCUUUGACCUCCGCACCUACACGCCGGCCGUGCGAGCUCUUAUGUGGGCAGCGGCAAGGGGACAGAUCGAAGGGAUACUUGGAGGCCCACCUCGAGGAUCGGAGUCUGGCUCCAUGCUGUAUCGGCGGAUGCUGCUCCUUUGGCUGGUUGCACACACCGGAGCAACGACUGCAGGCUUAUGUUCGCCUUUCUUCAUGAUGGAGGCCCCAACUUGGCAUCCUAUCUGGACGAGCUUCACCUGGUCGCGCUUCAAGGAUGAGUUUCGGUACCUGAAGUAUCAUGCGGUUGCGGCCAGGGAUGGUGUGUACUUUAUGGCGGGCACGCUCCAGUUGUCUGAUGGAGUGUCGGUGAGCGAAGGGCAGAUCCCGGACCUGAACUACAAGACCCCUGCAUCAGCGUGGCCCGUUGAGCUCAAGGCAGGGUUGGCGCAUUCAAUGGUGCAAUGGAGGCAACACGACCGGCGCAGGGAAGAAGUGACGAUGUGCAAGCUCGGUGGCCCCAGGGAGAUGAACGCGAAAGAUUUGGCCUACUGGGAGAAGCAUGUACGAAGCGGGCACGAAGUUAGGUCGCGGAUUCAGCAGAUCUACCUUCAGCUUCGGCAGCAAGGGCUUCCUCUGGUGCGGAUCCACAGCGACCGGGGCAGGGAGCUCAUGGCCAAGGAGACCAGGGCAUGGAUGGCUGACCGGGACAUCCUGGCCACGACUGGAGAGAGUCAGCAGCCUCAGCAAAACGGUCGGGCGGAGGCACUGGUCCGGGUCAUCAAGGGCAGGGUUAAAACGCUCCUCCGAGCAGCUUCCUUGCCUAUGUCAUGCUGGCCACUCGCUGCACAGUUCUCUGCCAGGAGACAGCGAGACUUGGCACUCGGAGACCGAACCGAUGAAGCAGUGCCAUUUGGGGCACCAGUGCACGUGAAACACAAGAGGUUCGGAGAGGGUGGAAGUUGUGAUCUUGCUGAACGCUGGCGGGCAGGCAAGUUCGUUGGGUAUUCUUCGGACGUCCGUGGAGGCAGAGUGGUCCGUCAUGAUGAUGGAAGCUACACGACGUCGGUGCAUAUCAAGCCGUAUCUUGUGGACUCCGAUGACUUGGUCGAGCACGGGCCCUUUGAAAUGGAGGUUGAAGAUCCGGUGAGGAGGAUUCGAGGGAAGUCCCGACUGGCCCAGCUGGACACCGACCCGAAGGAGGAAGUAGAUCGCAAGGCGAAGGAGCUUAUGGAUUCCGAGCGCUAUGACUUGGAGAGCGUGGUUGCGAUGUGGGAGCUCUUGAAACCCUACGCGAGAUCUACUACAAGAACGACUCAGGGUGAAGGGCUCCAAUGGUUGAUUGGCCAGUAUACGCAUGGAGGUCAAUGCGGUGCUACCUUGGACACUGACCGGUUCCCUUGGGCCACCUUAUACCUGGUGAAGGCGUUCUCCCACCUCACUGGAGAAAGUGACUUCUCAUCAAUCUUGAUGACUGAGGACGUUGGGAUGAAGAUACACCGGGAUGUCCACAACCAUGCCGACCGCAACAACGUGCUACUUCCUCUACUACCUUGCGAGCGUGGAGGUGGAGUUUGGGUUGAGUCCGAACCAGAGGACUACGAUGUGGACGACGAGUGGCGGCAACUACCAAAGGGAGAUUGGCGUCGUGGGAAGGUGAUGGACCUACAUCCUGGAGUUCCCAUCAAGAUCAACCCCCGGAGGUUCCACCAGACCGAGGACUGGGAAGGAAAACGGUUAGUUAUGACGUCUUUCACUCCAAGAUCUACUAGAUUGAAACCUCACGCCUACGUGAAACUCCUGGACUACGGUUUCAACCCACCUCCUCUACCGCUACAAGUCCCAGAGCAACUGCAGCGGAACAUCCUCAAGAUGAUGAACCUGUCUGAACCAAGGGAUGGCCCCGACGCAGAGUUGCAGCAGCUACAGGACGAUGUACUUGGGAGACUCCAGGAACGACGCGAAUGGCUUCAACAGUUUCUGGCUGAGGAGGAGAUCCUGGCUGAAGAGUUCAACACUGUUGGCGAAACCAUUCGGGACGAGAUCAAGGAGAUCAACGUGGUGGUCCGGGAGCUCAUCCAGGAUGUUGAGGACCAAGUUCGGUCAGUGGAGAAAAGGUGCAAUGAUCUGUACCUCAAGGUAGCCAACGUCACGGAUGAUAAGGAGAUCGGCGACAUCGAGGAGUACUUGAUCAACCUCAAGAAGGAUCUAGAUGUCACCCUGGAUGUUCCCUUGGACCAGGUGAAGACCAAUCUCGAGGAAUGGAUUGAGCCUAUGAACAAGGAGCUCGCGAACCUGGAGGCCAAGACGAAUGCGAUCGAGUCCCGGCCCAUGGCAGAUGCGAAGAAGCUUGUAAAUGACGGGUCGCUGAUACUUAUCCCCGGCAAAGUCGUGUUUACGGUCAAGCCUCCAGCUCCUGAGACCAAGGCUGAGAAGAAGUCUAAGGGGGCGCGCUGGAAACGCAAAGCCAGAAUCGUGAUAUGUGGCAACUUGGCCACCCAGUCCUUGAAUGGACAAGAGCUGUAUGCAGCCGGCGCCUCCGUUGAGGCGCUCCGCCUGGCUUUGGCACUUGCGUCCAGCCUUGGAUGGCGUGCAGCUGCCACUGAUGUCUCAGCGGCUUUCCUCCAGGCCGAGUGGCCAUCGGACAGGCCAACGUAUGGAGUGAUACCCCCUCGGAUCCUCGUGCAGGCGAAGCUCGUACCGGACAACGUUGUGUUUGUGGUAAAGAAGGCGCUCCACGGUUUGCGUGAAAGCCCGGCGCUAUGGGCUAACCACAGAACGAGGACUCUGAAGGAGGUGAGUGUCGAGGCCCCUGGUGGAAGGAUUUGGCUGAAACCGCUGAUCACGGACGGGGAGCUUUGGAUGAUCCUACAACUACCACCUGAUGCUGAACGACCUCAACUCCGAGGACUCCUGGUGACCUACGUGGAUGAUUUAUUGUACUUGGCGGCCAGGGCAUUGAUCAUCCUUCUCCACGCCAAGAUUGCGGAGAUUUGGCCGUGCUCAGCACUGGAGUUCUCGGAUCAGGGUAUUCGCUACCUUGGGAUGGAGUUGUUCCAGGACGAGAACACGUUCACGCUUGGCCAGGAGGCAUAUGUUGCCAAUUUGGUCCGACUUCACGGACUGGACCCGGAGGAGAGGGCAGGCUUGCCGUGCCCCAAGGAGUGGAUCCAGGACACCGACAUGGAUGGUGAGGCCGAGAACUUCAGCGCGGAGGAGCUCACCCGGGCUCAGAAGAUCACAGGUGAAUGCCUAUGGCUUGCCUACCGUACUCGCCCGGAUAUUCUCUACGUCACGAACUAUAUGGCCGGAAUGACGGCGAAGAAGCCUGUGAAGGUCUACAAUGUGGGCUUGAAGGUUGUGGCCUACUUGAACGCGACUGCGGGUCUCAAGUUGAAGGUUGAAGCCGAGGCAGAGCCAAAGCAGUCCACAGAGCCAAAGCAGUCCACAGAGCCAAAGCAGUCCACAGAGCCGAAGCAGUCCACAGAGCCGAAGCAGUCCACAGAGCCGAAGCAGUCCACAGAGCCGAAGCAGUCCACAGAGCCGAAGCAGUCCACAGAGCAGUCACAGGAUGCAGGCUUCAGGGUUAGGUUGUCUGGUUACUGUGACGCCUCGUUUGCGCCGUUCGGCGGCAAGAGCUUUGGUUGCAGUCUGGUCAUGGUUGGGCGAACACCCAUUUCCUGGAAAGCAGGUAAGCAGACGAUGGUGGCUAUGUCGGUUUGUGAAGCUGAGCUCAUGGAGGGUUCUACGUGUGCGUUGCUGCUUGAGUCUACCCAGGCCAUGCUCCAGGAGAUUGUUCCAAAUCUGGCAGUCCCCAAGCUGUACAUAGACAACAUGGCGGCUCACAACAUCAUGAACGGUGCCACCGGAAGCUGGAGAACCAGACAUUUGAGGAUUCGCCACUCCUAUGUUCUGGAUCGCAUUGCUGGUGGGCAACUGCAUGUGAACCACUUGGCUGGAGAAGAUCAACCCGCAGAUUUGCCUACCAAGUUACACAGCAAGGUUUUGCAUCUACUUGGAACAUGGAAUAUGGUGGGCAUUAGUGAUCUGGACGGUAAGAAGGCGGUUCAGUGCUUGAAGUUGGGCUGCCUGUUUCUUCUUUUGCUGGCGGUGCAGUCACUCGCGGUGGCGGCUGAGAAGGAACCUCUGCAGGUCACCGGGACGAUGGAGCUGAUCACAAUGCUUAUGCUGUCCUGUGUUGCUGCUAUCGCGAUGUGGGAGGCGGCAAGGGCAUGCUACAAGUGGAUGGUUCCAGCGUGCUGUGGAUCGAAGAGGGCGAGGAGAAUCCAAAAGCUACGUGAAUUGGCGAAGGCAGCAGCGGAGGCUGAGAUAGAGAAGUGGGCGGAGCAGGAGGACACCGUGAACUCGGAGCAGAUUGCAAGGACUCUACGGGGAGUUCUACGCGAGGAGCGGGAGGAUACAAGACCUUCCACUACAGCGAGAGCUAUGACUCCAAGAACACCAGAGGGGCCCCCAGAGCCCUUGGGAACUCCGUCCCGAACCAGCGUGUUUGGGGGUACUCGACCAUCAACACCCCCGAUUCCACGGAGGAGAACACCUUCACCAACGCCGAGCCCCUUUCGUGAUGACCCCGGCCAAUUUGAACGUGAACGUGUGAUCAAGGACGUCCUUGAGCUACUUACUGUGAAGAGUUUGAAGAUUGGCUUGGAAGCGGAAGGAAGGGCCGUGUCUGGCUUGAAGGAAGACCUGGUAAGACGACUGGGUGUGCUUCUAGGCGAUGAACCGCCUCCGGAGGGGCGCCCCACUACCAGGCAACUCCGUUAUGUCCUUUAUGUCUGGCGACAUCGACGACUCGCUGGAAGAACGGAGCUCACAUGGGAUAUCUUGGCCUCAAAACCCCAGGUGUCUCAGUGGCUCCACCGAUGGAAGGACGCUUGA